CGACGCUCUGAAGAACAGCCUCGUCCUGCGAGCUUCCGUACGGCGAGGCGCGGUUGCCGCUACUGCUGCUGUACACCGCCGUGCUAACGGUGGGACUGCCGGCUAACCUACUGACCGUCGGCCUCACAUGGCUGCAGGUGCGCAGGAGCAACGUGCUGGCCGUGUACCUGCUGAGCCUCUCGCUGUGCGACCUCACCUACCUGUCCACGCUGCCGCUGUGGGCCGUCUAUGUGAGCGCGGGCCACUGCUGGCCCUGGAGCUCAUUAGCUUGCAAGCUAACGGGCUACGUGUUCUUCACCAACAUGUACAUCAGCAUCUCGCUGCUGUGCUGCGUGUCGUGCGACCGCUACGUAGCAGUGGCUUUCAGCCUGGAGUCCAUCGGCCUGCGCCGGCAGCGCCUCGCUGCCCUGCUGGUGCUCGCCGUGGUGUGCUUGGGAGCCGCUCACCUCCCGGUGUUCACCAUGAGGGAGGGCGACGCCGCCGAGGGAGCGCCCGCUGCUUCGAGCGAGCGCGGGGUUACGGGUUUAAGCUACACCCGCUUCCUGCUGGGCUUCCUGCUGCCGCUGCUGGUGCUGCUGGAGCUAACCGCGGCGUGCUGGCUAGCGUGCGGGCAUAGCACCGGGCUGGGCGCAGCAGCAGAAGAGCGUGUCGGGCUGGCGGUGGCCGUGGUGCUGCUGUUUCUGGUCUGCUUCGGGCCGUACCAUGUGAUCCUGCUGCUGAGGGCUGCCCCCCCCCUGAGGGCCGCCCCCCCCCUGCAGGCCUGCCUGAUGGAGCGGAGACUCUACACGCCGUACAUCGUGGCGUUGGGUCUCUCCACCGUCAACAGUGCCGCUAACCCCCUCCUCUACGUCUCCUCUCAGCACAGCAUCCGCAGAGACCUGCAGUGCUGCUUAAUGCAGGUCUGCGGCCGGCGCCGGCCCAACAGGGAUCAGAACCAGAACCAGAUCCAGAUCCAGAUGCAGCUGCAGGACUCAUUGGAGCCGAACACCGCGACGGAGAGGGUCGAGACCCUCAGCCGGCAGACCCCAUCUUGCUGA